AGAAAAACUCUUUGUAAAUUUCAUUCUGACAGUCAGGUCAGGGCACAAGGAGCAAGAUGACAACAUACACAGAUAAAGGUGAAAAGCACGAGCAGGGCAGAUUCCUCUGCUUUGAUCACCUUACAUUCUGGGUUGGAAAUGCAAAACAGGCUGCAUCAUAUUACUGUAACAAGCUGGGAUUUGAGCCUUUUGUCUACCAGGGUUUGGAGACUGGCAGUCGUGAAGUGGUGUCUCAUGUAGUCAAACAAGGCAAGAUCAUUUAUGUGUUCUCAUCUGCCCUCAAUCCUGGAAACAAAGAGAUGGGAGAUCAUUUAGUCAAGCAUGGGGAUGGAGUGAAGGAUAUUGCAUUUACAGUGCAGGACUGUGAUUUCCUUGUGCAGAAAGCCAGAGAGAGAGGUGCAGUCAUUGUAAAGGAGCCCUACACCCUGGAGGACAAGUAUGGUAAAGUCAGGCUGGCUGUGCUUCAAACGUAUGGUGACACCACACACACGUUUGUGGAGAGGAGCGGAUACAGUGGGUUGUUUCUGCCAGGCUUUCAACCCCCUAUAUUCAAGGAUCCUUCAUUAGCCAAACUGCCAAGUGGACACCUGAACUUCAUUGAUCACGUUGUGGGAAACCAACCAGAUGAUGAGAUGGUUCCAGUGGUGGAGUGGUAUCAAAGAAACCUUCUCUUUCACCGCUUCUGGUCAGUGGAUGACAAGCAGCUUCAGACAGAGUUUAGUGCCUUACGCUCCAUUGUUGUGGCAAACUAUGAGGAGACUGUGAAGAUGCCCAUCAACGAGCCUGCCAUGGGAAAGAGAAAGUCUCAAAUCCAGGAGUAUGUGGAGUACUAUGGAGGACCUGGAGUGCAGCAUAUAGCCAUGAACACAUCUGAUAUCAUUACUGCAAUUCGGAACCUAAAGGAGCGUGGGAUGGAGUUUAUGAGUGUGCCAGACACCUACUACGACCAGCUGAGGGAGAACUUGAAACACUCAAAGGUCAAAAUCUCAGAGGACCUGGAUGUUCUGCAGGAGCUGAAGAUCUUGAUGGACUACGACGAAAAUGGCUAUUUACUCCAGAUCUUCACCAAGCCGGUUCAGGAUCGUCCCACCGUGUUCUUGGAAGUCAUUCAGAGACAUAACCACCAGGGCUUCGGCGCAGGAAACUUCAAGUCUCUUUUUCAAGCCAUCGAAGCAGACCAGCAUGCUCGAGGAAAUCUGACUGUCCUGACACCAAAUGGAGUUUCAAAGGACAUGUGAUGCCAAUGUUAACAUAGCUUUAGAGUUUUGGACAGUCUCAGUAACUAAAACUUUACUAUGCUACUACACUGUCUGUAAAGGGUCCUGCUUACUGUUUAAGAGUAUUACAAUGUAAUAAUGUUCUACAUCGAUGCUCUAAUACAAUAAGAACACACAAAGCAUGUUUAGCAAAGUUAUUCUUUAAUUUUUGUGUGACUUGCAUGUUUUAUCACAAUAACAUUUAACUUACAUGUCAAAAAAGUAUGUCAUAAUAAUCUGUCCUGAUGUUGGUGAAAGAUCAUCUCAUGAAUAAGUAUCAGUUAUCAGGAAUACAUCACAACUUAAUAAUAUUAUGCAACACUUUCUCGUAUAUCUUCUUAAGAAAACCAUAAUCAUUCAUACAAGCUUGACUCAAGCAAAACCCCAUUUCAGCUCUCAUAAAUGAAAACAUUUAACUAUACAUGUUUGUUAUCAUUUGGACAAUAAGGUCAGCAGACACUUUAUUGUAACAGCGACCCUUUGCACGAUGUCUGGAGUGCCUGUGUUGUGAAUUGACAAUUGCAAUGUGUGAAACAGUGAUUGCCAUGUGUUCAUAAACUGUAAUGUACAACCAAAUGUUUGUUUUAACAGUGAUUAUUAGGUGGUGCAUUAGCAUUUCAUGCCAGACCUCCACUGAUAAAGGUCCAAGAAGUGCUCUGUUCUGUUCCUGUCCUAAGUGCUGUUUGGGACAGUUUAUUAAAUCAUUAUUCACUGAGCAGCACCACCACUCCUCUGCAUUUUUAUAAGCUGCUGUAUAGCUUCCUGUUAUUGACUAUACAGUUUUUAAUAGUAUUAAAAUGGCUUUUUUGAAACAU